ACUGUAAAUAGGGCUAGGAUUCAACGUGGGAGAGAGUUCUGCAGGAAUAGACAGGGUCAGCAAUUGGUUUAAAGCACCUCAGCUGCUUGACAUGUCUACUGUGGGCGGGACCGUGAUGUUUUCUUUCAUGAAGCAGUCCAGAAUGUCAAACUGGAUUUAUCUCAGAUCAAUCGCUCAGCGGUUUACAGGAAACCCACGUGUGUGUUUGUGUGUGUGUGUUUGUUCCAUUGUCAAUCAAGGCCGCGUUCUCACACAGUCAGGACGCCCAAUGACUCGACUGCACACUCUUGGAAUGUAAAUACAAGUGGCUGUGGAAAGGCGAGAGAUACAGUGAAAGGGACUUGCAAAAACAAACAAGGGAAUUACUUUUCACAGUUAAAAUACAAACCACUGACCCAGACAGCAGACAAAUCCUCAAACGCAAUUUACUGAAAUAGGACAAAGUCUUUGAAAAACUACAUCUACUGGUUAUUCCAAGCCAAGGGUUGAAGGAGCAUAACUGACAAAUAGUUCUGGUGUCAAAACAAUUCAUACUUAGGAAAUGACAAAUUGCUGGAAGAACUGGAGACAGGAUCUCAAGAAAAGAGAGAAUUAAACAAGAAAUAUUUUAUAUUCCGAAAAGCAAAUGCUUCAGUUGAAAAUCCCUCAAAAAUUUGGUAUUUAAGCAGAGAAUGGGUCGGCUCCAGACUAUGUUAUCCCGGCUCCUUUCUCUGCCUGUCAAUUAAAGUAUUGUUUGUGAGUGUGUGUGGGGGGAGGUACUGACCCGUCGUAAAAAAAAGGGCAAAUGUGCGCACAGCAAGAUCUCAGAAAGAGCAUUCCCUUGCAGUCAAAUCCUCUGCCUUUGGAUCAGAGGAGGUAAGGAGGCCUGCAGCCCGAGGUGAGGAUGUCGAUCACCUCCAUAAUUCGAAAAAGGAUAAAUUUAUCGCCUCAAUUGUAAAAAUAAAGCCCGGGUUUCUAUUUUAAAAACUUGCUUUUCUUCUGAUAAAGCUGCUGUCUAGAGAGGGAUUCCCUCUGACGUCAUUGCUUGGUUACCAGUAAACAGCGCGCUACACAGUUCCAUAUUUGGGCAUGUACGUCAGGGAUCCCGGAUGGGCGGAGCUCCCUGGCCGAAAGGGGUUUUAUCGCUUUUUCUCCGCAAUAAAGGACAGUGGGCAGGCUGCAAGCGGACGAUCAGCAGUACCAGUUCUGCCGGCUUCACUCCUGCCGGUCUGGGGGGUCUCCAGGUCUCGGCUUCCAGGCGGAAUUUGCCCGUUUUACCUCUCUCCCCUCUCUCGGUGUGUUGCUAUUGCACCUGACGUCAGAGGAACACGCGAGUAUAUAAAAGAAGGCAGCCGAGGAUUUGGGUUCAUUCAUAAAGAGAGCGGCAAUACUGAGGAGCUACUACUACAGCAGCAGCGGCGCGUUUUACCUUCCCCCUCCCCCCUGCGGAUAACAGCCUGUUCCACUCAGACUACACAUACAAUAGAGAGGGAAAAAACCCCAGAAACUGGAUCCGAAGGGCGACAAAUCCUGGGUCAUCACCGACUGGGAGGACAUGUACCAGGGAUUCUCAGGCGACUUUGACUCGGCUUCCCGCUGCAGUUCCUCCCCUUCGGAGCCUCAGUACCUGUCAUCCGUGGACUCCUUCAGCCACAGCGUGGGCAGCCCGACCACCACAGCCCAGGAGUGUUCCACGGGCGUCGGAGAAAUGCCAGGAUCGUUUGUGCCAACCCUGACGGCUAUCACCACCAGCCAGGAUCUGCAAUGGAUGGUACAGCCGACCGUCAUCUCGUCGUCGGCUCAAUCUCAGGCCCAGGCUCAGCUUCCAGCUCUACCCCAGUCCAGCAUUGACCCCUACAAUCUCCCUGGCACCAGCUAUUCUACCGCCGGCAUGUGCUCCUACAGCAGGGCCGAGCCGUCCAAACCCACCCGGGCCAGCCGCCCCCGGAGGGCAAGGGAUGAAACGCUCACGGCCGAGGAGGAGGAGAAGCGGCGCGUUCGCCGGGAGAGGAAUAAAUUGGCCGCCGCCAAGUGCCGGAACCGGCGCCGGGAACUGACUGACCGCCUGCAGAGUGAGACGGACCAGCUGGAGGAGGAGAAGGCCGAGCUGCAGUCGCAGAUCGCGGAGCUGCACAAGGAGAAGGAGCGGCUGGAGUUCGUGCUGGUAGCGCACCGUCCAGCUUGCAAGAUCCCGUUCGAGGAGCCCCUGAGCCCGCAGGGGGCCGCCGCCACAGCCGAGGUGAGCUCUCUGCCGCCGCCUAGCGCGCUUGUGGAAGAGAAGGAACCGCCUUUCACCGGGAGCUACCCGCCCGAGGUACCGCUCGCUGGCAGCUCUUUCUAUCCGCACUGUGAGCCUCUCCACUCAGCCUAUUUGAAUACCAGUAGCCCCAACUCCUCAUACACAUCUUCAUUUGUGUUCACCUACCCAGAGGGAAGCAGCUGCGGCCUCCUCCACCAGCGGAACAGUAACAGUGACCAGUCCACGGACUCUCUGAACUCGCCGUCGCUACUGGCUCUUUAACAAAAACACACACAAAAAAACCCUGCUUUUUAAAAAGUACCCCACCCCUGCCACCUCGUCAAUACUUACCCCCCCCCCCAGCUUCGCCUCGCCUCUCUCUCCCCCCAAUUCAAAAGAACUUUGCCUUUUAUUCCCCAUUUUUUGGAAGAAAUCGGCCUCCUUGGGGAGAAAGGAAGGGGCUCUUGAGUUUUUUUUCCCCUUCUGAAGGGAAGGUGUGAUCGAUCUGCACCGAGGGUGGGGGAGAGGAGGAGGAGGAGGGGGUGGGGAAAGAAGCGAGAGGGCCAAAACAAACAAGAAAUCGAGAGAGUGUGAUGCCCCACGUUGCCGGUCAGCGAGGAGGGAGCAAGCAGCGGCGCGGGCGAAACAAAAAAAAGGACCGUUUGCGAAACGAGUGGACCAGUUGUUUUAUCAUUCCCUGCCACCCCACCCCCACCAACUUCACACGACCCCCCCCCCCCCUAAAUUCUGUACGGACUCGCAAGGUUUUGGGAUGUUCCAGGAAUACAGAAGAUGAAGGAAGACAAUCCCGGUGGCCCCUCUCAAUGAAUGUCACGUUUUGCAAACUGGGGAGGAGUGGACAGAGCUUUAUUCCUGAACCGCCCCCUCCCAUCCCAAUUGCACGGUUUCUGCUUUCCCCCCACCACCUCCGGGGGACGGGAGUCGGUCAAGUGAGAGAAGACUCAACACCGCCCCCCCCCCCUCCCCAACCACCAUCACUCCGUCACUAACUUGAACUGAUGCUUCUUAACAAAAAAAAUGCUUUUUUUGGGUGAUGUGUAAAGAAAACAGAGGGGAAGGUGAUUUGUUACAUCAGAUGCCAAGCAAAUUCUGCCAAUUUUUAAUGUAAAUCGGAAGAUAGCUGCCUUCCUCGCUAAAUAUACUGUGAAUCCAGACAUUUUGUCAAAACAGUGAAGAUUUUUGGGCUUGUCAUUGGAGGUGGGGACAGGAGCUCAUUUGCUUGCUCAUAUUGAGGCAAUGUGAGACAUAAUCUGGCUGUUUAGAAACUGACGCGCUGGAUGGGGUCUGGUUCUCCACCCCGCUGAUUUUGCAGUUUGAGCAAAAUUUGCCCCUUGACAUCUCUUUACCGCCCCCCCCCCGACCAAGUUUCUCCCCCGGCUUCUCAACCUAACACUGUCCUCUGAUCAAACUUGGCUAUCGACACCCCUUGGUAGAAGUGGUCUUUAAUUUUUCUCUGUACAAUCUUGAAGCUGAAAAGGUAAAAGUGCAAAUUUAGAUUUCUUUUUUUCCCGUUUCCGGCCUCGCCUUUGAGUGAUUUCACAGGUUUGCCCCCUCUCCUGAGGUGCCAGUGGCUGUUAAUUGACCUCGCCCUCGCUUUGCUUCACCAAUGUGCAAUUCCAACUGGAAGCCAAGCCUUAGAUUGUAUGGUCUGUGAUGCCCCCCCAAGGCGAACAGUCAACUGCCACAAGGACUUGGACAGAUGGAAGGAUGCUGGUGAAACUGCCCCCUCCAACUUUAGGAGGAGGCAUGGCUGGUUGGAGAAAGUAGGGAAGGAGGUGGAUGAGUUAAGCUCCCUAUAACUGGGACAGAAAGUCUGAUCUUUAGCCUUGGCGUCUCCUGGUUAUGCUGCUUUUUGUUGGCACCUGCAGCAACACAGUUGGUGUAGAGGCCCAACUGCUCACCCCUCCCCACCACCUUCCCACAGCUAUUUUUCUAAAAUCCCUGGGCCAGAACAAAAUUAUCCAUAUGAAUGCACCUAGUCAUUAUCUGGAGCUGGUUGUCAAUUCUCACCAGUUACUCAAUGAAUGUUUUAGCUUGACUUUGUAGCACAGAAGGUGGGAGGUAGGGGAUAGUCUCUAAUGGAUAGUGGGUCCAGAGUGCUGCAACAUGCUAAGGUCCUGAGCCAGGCUUGGGAUGCUGAAUUAAGAAUAAGGUGGCUUGUUCAGCUGGCACAGACACAGUGGGCUGAAUGUCUUCUUUUUCUGUGUUGUAACCUCUCUUAUGGUUCUGUCACGGGACCCAUUAAACAUUUUUGCUGACUUUUUAAAUCGUUUUUAAGUUAUUGUAUUUUAGCCAAUAUUUUAAUACAGCAUACAAUGCAGAUAAACCUCCAAUGGAGGGACUUGCAUUGAUGAGUUUUUAAGCUUUCACAUGUGGCUUUUAAUAUAGCUUCCCACACUCUACCCCUCCCCAGCCCACGCAGGCACCCUGUCACUGAGCCCUAAUAGACAUUCACUUCAGAUGAUGCUUUUUUUUUGCCCAGGAUCCUGCCCACAUUCCAUGCCUAGGCUGGUGCGCAUCGACUGGGGAACUGCCCCCCCUCAACUCCGGGGCUGUGCCACUCCUUCAAGGGGUAGCAGGGCAGGAGGAUGCCCAUCUCCAUUCCCCAGCCAUACCUCCAUCUUUAUUCUGCAAGGUCAGGCACUCGUUUGUGUAGGAUGGCACACUGUGCCAAUGACAGUGUCUCCGUAAGCAGCAUCUGUUUUUAUAGUUUUUUUAUAUUUUAAUAUUUAUUUUUUUAAUGGGUUUAAAUGAUCUGCAUUUUUCUUUUGGAAAAAGUAUGAAGUUCUCAACAAAAACCUUUUAGAAUUAAAGUUAGAUGGAAUGCGAAACUUGCUGUGCAAAAUGUCUGGAGCAAUCAAAAGUUUUACUGUCUUGUGAAAAUAAGACUCUUUGGAGAGGGAAAAGUCGACAGCUAGUCCUGUUCUGUGCCAGGCAGCCAUGUAUACAAAGCUACUGAUCAAUUCCAUUCUAUUUUUUUUUCCUCUCUGUUCAGUCUUGAUGUGAAAGCAACUUGCUUUAAACUGCCACAGCUUAUCGAGUGUUAGUCUAUAAAUAGUGUCUAGCUUUAAGCUCUAUUAUGAGGGACAAAAAACUUUUUAAAAACAAAUGUUACAAAAAAUACGUCCAAGAAACUGCAUGGAUACCAGCUAACAUUUCAAACAGAAAUCUGAUAUUUACUGUGGCGCAGGAUAAUCUCAGACUGUGUUACAGCAGCCGUUUAUAUACUGUAUGUUCCUGUGUCUUGUACUGUGACUAUAUUCAUAGUAGGUUAUCGGAAAUUCUAUGGUAAUUAUUUGAAAAAUAUUCUGAAAUCUAUUUCUGGAUGUGUGACUGUAAAGGUAUAUCUGUAUUAUGUGGCAUUACAGCGGCUUUUAAAAUCCAGAUUUGAGAGCAGUCGUUAGGCUGAGGUGAGAAGGCCUGUCGUAAUACAAUCACCAUCCUGGGUGACUGUUACCAAUAUUCCUGUCCAUGUCCAAUCUUUGUGGAGCUUGGUGCAGUUAAACAGUGGCCAAUUUGUUGGUUUUGUGGUUUGCUUACAAUGUCCAAGCACCCUGCAGUGGUAGAGCUGUUUUAACAUAGUAAUCUAGGGUGCUGAGAAAUGGGUUCUUGAUCUUGCUGUAGACUCCAGUCUACAGCCUGACCUAGGCACAAAUCCCUUUUGAAAGUGUUUGGCAGCUUUACUCAUUUCUUCAUUAGAGAAGGAGCUGGGGUUAAUUGCAGGCAAACCUCCUGUUUGCUGUCCCUUCCAAAAGGAUCGGGAUCUAUAAUCAAUCAGGCAUUGUUCAGUGUGUCUGCAACCUCACCUUUUGGUCUAAUUGUUGCUCUCAAAUCUGCUACAACUCUGGGAGACUGGCGGCCAUGCAGUCAGAUCCUUCGCUCCAGUUUGUGAAGCCACUGGUCGGAUCAAGCAGAACCUUCUGGAUGACUGGGCAUAAACUUGUUUUUAAACAAAAAAAUUCAGUCAGGAACAUUCACUGUAGCUCCCUCCUAUUCCAUCGCAACAGCAUUCCAGAGACUCUUGACAAGGGGGAAGUUGGGCAGGAGUCAAGAUUGUUUUCAAGUGAAACUGGUAUUGAGCCACUUUGCAAUACUGAACAAGUAAUAAUCCUAACUGUCUGAUAAAGAUUCAUUCUCUUUAUCUGACUGCUGUCUCUCUCUCCUUUUCAUGGUCUCCCUCUCUGUAUUUUGCUCUAUCUUUUCAUUCACUCUGUCUCAACUUCUCCUUCUGUCUCUCUCCAUCCAUUUCUCUCUUGUCUGUUUCGGCUUAUGUCAGUUUCCCAUUAUCUGAUUUCUGACCAUGACCUUGAUAUGCCCUAGAUCCACCAGUGUUUAAUGCACUUUGUGAAAUUAAGGUUUAUUUUGAUAUUUGAGUAUUUUGCUCCUGUUAACAAGGUGAAAUCCGCGUUUGUUAGAUCAAUAAUGUGCAUGAACUAUGAGUUUUCCUAUGUGUUAAUAAAGGAACUAUUGAUGCUAAAUGCAAA